ACGGGAGCAGAGGCCUGAGGCCCGGGUGGGCACCUUCCAGCCAUGGCCACCGCUGAGACUGCCCUGCCCUCCAUCAGCACGCUGACCACCCUGGGGCCCUGCCCCGACACCCCAGAGGACUUCCUUAAGUGGUGGCGCCUGGAUGAGGCGCAGGACCUGGGCCCGGGUCCCCCGGACCCCAUGGGGCCGCCCCUUCACGUGAUCCCGGAGUCGGAGGACGCCCCCGAGGAGGACGAGGACGACGACAGAGACGCGGAUCCCACCUGGGACCUGGAUCUCUUCCUCAGCAGCUUCCCAAGCCCUGACCCAGGCGGAGCGCCCCGGACCUGUGCCCUGAGCCCUACCGAGGCAACCGGGGUGCAGUACGCUCCGCCCCCCGAGACUCUGGGCGCCUAUGCGGGCGGCCCGGGCCCGGUGCCGGGGUUCUUGGGACCCGAGGAGCCAGCGGGCUGGGUGCGGGCCUCGGACCCCUUUGCAGCCCCGGGUCCCAGCCCCGAGCCCAAGGCCCUGGCGCUGCAUCCAGUGUACCCGGGGCCGGCGGGGGGCUCCGCGGGCAGCUUCUUUCCACCGGCCGGGCUUACACUGCCCGCGGCCUCGGGCGCCCCCUAUGGGCUGCUGCCAGGGUACGCCCCGCUGUACCCGGCGCCCCAAUACCAGGGUCACUUCCAGCUCUUCCGCAGGCACCCGGCGCCCUCGCCCAGCCCCGCCGCUCCCCCUUCCUUCCUGGGCUGUCUAGGGGCCGGGGCAGUGGGAGCCAGACUCGUGGGAACCGCGGGAGACCCCGGCGUGAUCGCCGAAGGCGCCUCCCACAAACGCAGCCGGCGCUCGUGGGCGCGCAAGAGGCAGGCGGCGCACACGUGCGCGUACCCGGGGUGCGGCAAGAGCUACACCAAGAGCUCCCACCUGAAGGCGCAUCUGCGCACGCACACGGGGGAGAAGCCGUACGCCUGCUCCUGGGACGGCUGCGGCUGGAGGUUCGCGCGCUCUGACGAGCUGACUCGCCACUACCGGAAACACACGGGCCAGCGCCCCUUCCGCUGCAAGCUCUGCCCACGGGCCUUCUCGCGCUCCGACCACCUGGCUCUGCACAUGAAGCGGCACCUGUGACCCCGCCCCGGGGCUGGGUCCUGCCAGGGGCAAGGACGGAGCGAGGAGGGACCGGUGCAGGGCCGGUUUCCAAGGACAGACCCUUGCUUGGAUUCACGUCCACAGUCGCGGCCUCCUCCACCGCAAGAUCCAGAAGUGACUCAGAGAGACCUGGAGGACCUACAACGGGAACCCCCCCAUGUCCCCAGCUACAGGGAGCCACGCAGGAAACUCUGACGGCCACAAUGACCCCCAGAUCAGCAGGCUCAGAAGGAACCUCAGACCAGCGCCAAGGCAGCUCUGGAGGGCGAGAGAGGGGGAGACGUUCCCGGAGCCUGGGUCAGCAAAGGCUCCACAUCAAUGGUUAUGGGUCCCCCAAAACGCCCUUCCCAUAUAAAGCUUCAGCGUUGGCAUGACUCUGGGUUUUGGGUGCUGCAAAUUGGGAGGAGGCUGUACCAAUAUAGGGUAUACGGGAACGGGCGGGCAACCUCCUAUGUCCCCUCCCUUCUUCAGGAAAACUCCCCUUUCCCCUACUCCACCAAAAGCGUAGGGAGUCUAGCUCCGAACCCAGGGUCAUUCACGAGUCUCCCUCCAUUUAAGAGCACUAAGCCGGAGCCUCGUGUGCUAGUCCACGCCUGCAAUACCAGCACUCUGGGAAACUGGGCCAGAGACUGAGCGAUACUCUUGUCUCAAAAUAAAAAAUUA